AUGGUGUCUCGUAGAAGUGAAAAUGCACAGCUGCAUUUAGGGUUUGGUGUGCUUCGGCAAAACGCAGGCGUCAAAUUGGAUACGACGGAGAAUAAGAGUGAUAAGGCCGUUAUCGUGAAACAACUUUCGGUGGAGUGCAGUGUGCCUCAGGCACAUCAAAACAUCGAAUUGCUACAAGUACUCGCCCUCGGAUCCACAAGAGCCUCCAACCCCUUCACCCACAAUGAGUCCCCUCCCGAUCUAAACCGCUUGCCGGUAUGGGGAUGUAAAAAGCUAUUCCCUGGUGUCAUGAACCUGCACGAAGUACAGCUUCGGCAUUUAAAACAACCAGAUGGUGAUGACGACCCACAAUUCUCUUGGGUGCCUUCAUCUCCCUCCAGCAAAGACGUUGCUUCACCUACUCCGAUAAUAGGGGAUGAAUGUGAUCUUGGCAUAGGAGAGGAAGAAGGGGGAUCUGGGUUGCCAUAUCCAUGCCAGUUUUGUGACAAGUCUUUUAGUCGUCUGAGCUACCUGAAACAACACGAGCAAAUCCACAGUGACAAGUUACCUUUCAAGUGUACCUAUUGCAGUUGUCUUUUUAAGCACAAGAGAAGUAGGGACCGCCACAUAAAACUCCACACAGGAGAUAAAAAGUAUCAUUGUCAUGAAUGUGAGGCUGCCUUUUCCCGCAGCGACCACCUGAAAAUUCACUUAAAAACACACAGUUCUAGCAAGCCAUUUAAAUGCACAGUGUGUAAGGGUGGAUUCUCCUCAACUAUUUCACUGCAGAGUCACAUGCAGGCUCACAGAAAAAACAAGGAAUAUAUGACAGACAAAGAGAUGAAGAAGUGCGACUUCAUGUGUGAUUACUGUGAAGAGACAUUUAGCCAGACUGAAGAGCUGGAGAAGCAUGUGAUGACACACCAUCCACAGCUCUCAGAAAAAGCUGAUCUGCAAUGUAUUCAUUGCCCUGAAGUAUUUGCAGAUGAAACCUCUUUGCUUACCCAUAUCGACCAAGUCCAUGCUAACAAAAAACACAAGUGUCCUAUGUGCCCAGAGCAGUUUUCUUCAGUAGAAGAAGUCUAUUGUCAUCUUGAUAGCCACAGACAGCCUGACUCAAGUAACCAUAGCAUUAGUCCAGAUCCAGUUCUAGGUAGUGUGGCAUCAAUGAGCAGUGCAACCCCUGAUUCGAGUGCUUCAUUGGAACGAGCUUCCACUCCAGAUUCUACUCUGAAGCCUAUAAGUGGUCAUAAAAAAACAGGGUCAUUGGAAAGAGAAGCUGGGCAGAACUGGCCUAAAAUUGCCUACAGCUGUCCUUACUGUUCUAAACGAGACUUUAACAGUUUGGCAGUUCUUGAAAUUCAUUUGAAAACAAUCCAUGUGGAUAAACCUCAGCAAAACCAUACAUGUCAGAUCUGUCUGGAUUCCUUGCCUACUUUGUACAACCUAAAUGAGCAUGUCAGAAAGGUACAUAAGAACCAUGCAUACCCAAUGGUACAGUUUUGCAACAUAACAGCAUUUCACUGUAACUAUUGUCCAGAGAUGUUUGCUGAUAUAAACAGCCUCCAAGAGCAUAUACGAAUUACACAUUGUGGCCCAACUGCAACACCACAGGAAGGCAAUAAUGCUUUCUUUUGUAACCAGUGUUCUAUGGGAUUUCUUACAGAGUCUUGCUUGACAGAACAUAUUCAACAAACACACUGCAAUGUAGGAAGCUCAAAAUUGAAAUCACCUGCCAUUAAGCCAACACAGUCUUUCAUGGAAGUGUAUUCAUGCCCUUACUGUACAAACUCCCCCAUAUUUGGCUCCAUACUAAAGCUCACAAAACAUAUUAAAGAAAAUCACAAAAACAUUCCACUGGCACAUCAUAAGAAGUCUAAAUCUGAACAAAGUCCUGUCUCAUCAGAUGUUGAAGUGUCUUCCCCUAAAAGGCAAAGGUUGUGUGCCAGCCUUAACUCUGUGUUCAAUGGAGAGUAUCCUUGUAAUCAGUGUGAUCUAAAGUUUUCCAACUUUGAUACAUUUCAAACACAUUUAAUGUCCCAUUUGGAACUGCUCUUAAGAAAGCAGUCCUGCUCUCAGUGUAAAGAGGACUUUGAUUCUCAGGAGUCUCUCCUUCAACAUCUCACAAUGCACUACAUGACAACAUCUACACACUCUGUCUGUGAAAGCUGUGACAAACAGUUUUCUUCAGUGGAUGAUCUGCAAAAGCAUUUAUUAGACAUGCAUACUUUUGUGUUAUAUCAUUGCACGCUCUGCCAAGAAGUCUUUGAUUCCAAGGUUUCCAUCCAAGUACAUCUUGCAGUAAAACACAGCAAAGAGAAGAAAAUGUAUUGUUGUACAGCAUGUAACUGGGAUUUCAGAAGAGAGGUGGACUUGCAGCUUCAUGUGAAGCAUAUCCACUUGGGAAACCCAGCGAAAUCACACAAGUGCAUCUUCUGUGGGGAAACGUUCAGCACAGAAGUAGAGCUUCAGUGCCACAUCACAACUCACAGUAAGAAAUACAAUUGCAAAUUUUGUAGUAAAGCUUUCCAUGCUAUUAUCUUAUUGGAGAAACACCUGCGUGAGAAACACUGUGUCUUUGACGCCAAUAAUCAAAAUCAAAAUGGCACAGCCAAUGGAAUGGCGCCGGCAAAUAAAAAGUCAGAGUCUGUGGAAGCACAGAGUGUGCUGAUAAAGAAUCCAGAUGUUACCAACGGUCAUGAAGCCAGCGAAGAUGAUGUAGAUGCUUCUGAGCCUAUGAAUGGUUGUGAUAUCUGUGGAGCAGCCUAUACAAUGGAAGUUCUCCUGCAAAACCAUCGCCUAAGAGACCAUAACAUCAGACCAGGGGAAGGUGAUGGUUCAAGAAAGAAGGCAGAAUUUAUUAAGGGUACUCACAAAUGCAACAUCUGCUCUAGAACAUUUUUCUCAGAAAAUGGACUCAGAGAACACAUGCAAACACACAGAGGCCCUGCAAAAUAUUAUAUGUGUCCCAUUUGUGGGGAACGGUUUCCCUCCCUUUUAACACUAACUGAGCACAAAGUUACUCACAGCAAAAGCUUGGACACAGGGAAAUGUAGGAUUUGCAAAAUGCCUCUUCAAAGCGAAGAAGAAUUUAUUGACCACUGUCAGAUGCAUCCAGACCUUAGAAAUUCCCUAACUGGAUUUCGAUGUGUUGUGUGUAUGCAGACUGUUACUUCUACUCUUGAGCUUAAAAUUCAUGGUACAUUCCAUAUGCAGAAACUGGUUGGGAAUUCUGCUGCCUCCUCUCCUAAUGGUCAGACAUUGCAGAAGAUGUACAAAUGUGCUCUUUGCUUAAAAGAGUUUAGGAACAAGCAAGAUCUGGUAAAGCUAGAUGUCAAUGGCUUGCCAUAUGGUCUGUGUGCUGGGUGCUUGAGUAGAUCCACCAAUGGACAACCAUCAAACUCAACAUUAGAAGAAGCUUGUGAUCAACUGUGUACUAGUCUAAGGUGCCCAGAGUGUAGUGUCAAAUUUGAAAGUACAGAAGACCUGGAAAGUCAUAUUCAGAUUGCUCACAGAGACCUGGCACGUGAUGGUAGUGGACAAAGAAAAGUUGCUCAGUCCUCUCCAGUCCCUAGAGUAAGUUAAUUCAUUAACUCCUGACAAUAAGAAAUCUUUAACUGAGAUUUAAUGACUAUUAAGUAAUGAUAGUUUUUGUCUUUUUAACUUGAUAUUUACUGCAUUUCAAUUGCCCCUUUUUUUAGAACCACUAGGUGUCAUAUAUUUUCACCACUGUGCUUUUCAGUUUUCUUUUUCUCCAAAGAUUCUUUGAUUGUCACCCUGUGGGUUGGGUAGUUAGCUUUUCUUGUGGCAUAGUAGUGGAAAAUGGAGUGCUCAUUUAAGAAGCACUAGUGUCUGGCGUAAGGAUGCACAAGUUAUGGCACAGGUGUGCACCACCCCUCAUGAAUACAUUGCAACCAAACAAAAGUAACUCUGUAUUCAUGGGGGGGAGGAUGUAAUGAUGCU